GGCAUAUUUAGAGAAAUUCAAAAUGGCUGAUUAUAGCGAAAUUAAAGAUGCACUUGAAAGGAAAGAUGAUCACCAGCUGAAGCUGAUACUCCAAAGGACACACAAAUGUCAUAAAGACACACUUUUGUUAUCCCUUGUUAGAAUUAAAAACAAAUUGAGUAAAGAAACCUUGGACCUAUUGCUAAAAAAGGGUGCAGAUAUCAAUGCUAGGGACAACUAUGGUAUGACUGCAUUGAUACACGCUUGUCGAAGUGGCUCUCUGGAAUAUGCACAGUGGUUAACAGAACAUGGUGCAGAUGUCAAUGCUAGGGAUAAUUCUUGUUGGACUGCAUUGAUGUAUGCUCGUUGCUAUGGCUCUCUGGAAUGUGCACAGUGGUUAACAGAGCAUGGUGCAACUAUCAAUGCGUCUGGCAAUGAUGGUUGGACUGCAUUGAUAUAUGCUUGUUGUAAUGGCUCUCUGGAAUGUGCACAGUGGUUAACAGAGCAUGAUGUAGAUAUCAAUGCCAAUGACAAUAAUGUUGAGACCGCAUUGAUGUGGGCUUGUACUUAUGGCUCUCUGAAAUGUACACAGUGGUUAAUAGAACAUGAUGCAAAUAUCAAUGCUAGAAGCAGUGCUGGUUUGACUGCAUUGAUGCUGGCCUGUCGCUCUGGCUCUCUGGAAUGUACGCAGUGGUU